AUGAGGCCGACCAACAGUCCUCUGUGGGCAACUCUGGCGGCCGCGGCCGUCCGAGCCACUUCGCUCGCCGACGUAAAGCAUAUUGUCCUCUUCAUGCAAGAAAACCGCUCGUUUGAUCAUUACUUUGGCACCAUGGCUGGUGUUCGGGGCUUUGGCGAUCCCAAUGUCCAGGUCAACGACGAUGGAUACUCGGUCUUUGAGCAGCAAAUGAACAAAGCUCGAAAUGGUACGCAUACACUAACGCCGUGGCACAUCAACUACCUCGGUGGCGAGUGGAAAGAUUCGACGCAGUGCAUGGGUGGCGGCGACAAUAGCUGGGACGCCAUGCACACAGCCUACAAUGGGGGCCUCGGCAACAAAUGGACGCAAGCAGAAGCAUGGAAUAGCGACGAUGGAGGCUACGCCAUGGGAUACUUUAAACGCCAGGACAUUGCCACGCAUUUUAACAUUGCAGAGGGUUGGACUCUGCUAGAUAUGAACACACAAAGUGUCUUGGCUGCCACCGAUCCGAACCGCAUCAUGUGGAUGAGCGGAUCGAUCAACAUUCCCGGAUCGCCCACUAAUCCAAAGGGCGAGGGUGGUCUCAUCAUUGACAACACUGCUACUCCUGGCUGCGAGCAACCUAAAAUCAACUGCUUUCCUUUCGUCUGGAAGACGUUUCCCGAACACCUCGAGGAUGCCGGCGUCUCUUGGCAGGUUUGGCAGGACUUUGACAAUUUUGAAGACAAUAUGCUUGCCUACUUUGAACAAUACCAGAAGGCUGCCAACGGCUCCGCGUUGCGUGACAAGGGAAACUCGUACCCCGGGCUCGACGCGUUCUACGACGCUGCUUUACGCGGCACCUUACCCCAGGUUAGCAUCAUUGUCGGCCCGCAGGAGCUUGCGGAGCACCCGCCCAAUAUGCCUAUCGAUGGUGCCUGGUUGCAGAAGAAGGUUGUAGACGCCAUAACCGGCAGCCCUGCUUAUAACGAGACGAUUCUGAUUGUCAGCUACGAUGAGCAGGGUGGCUGGGCGGACCAUGUGGUGCCAAAGGUGGCACCCAAAGACACGCCCGGCGAAUGGCUCAACGUCCCUUCGCUAGGUGGCGAGAGCCCUGUUGGGCCUGGUUGGCGGGCGCCGCGUUACAUCAUCUCGCCAUGGACGCGGGGCGGUAACGUAUUCACCGAGCCGUCGGACCAUACGUCGGACAUCAUGUUUGUUGAAGCCUGGGCCAAAGCAAACGGGUACGACGUAGAGACGGCCAACAUUACGCCUUGGCGACGCAAGCACAUGUCGAAUUUGGUGAAUGCAUUUGAUUUUCGUCACACGGACUAUUCCGUUCCGCCCAUUGCCUCUGUUCGCAUGCCUGAGACGGACCCAGACAAGCCGUGGAACGGUAACCUGAGCCUUGGUUCACUGCAAGGCCCGUGGGUCGGGCCGGCCCGAUGCCUACAGGAACAUGCCAUUGGAAACAGACCUCCGAUUCCGUAUGGCGAGGCGAAUGCAAAGCAAGAUAUGGCGUCGCUGGUGGAAGAGGGUUUCAAGACUAUGCGUGGACAGCCGACUGAAGGGCGCUACGUGGUAUUCGAGACUGAUGGGUUUGCGCUGACCAACAUUGGCAACACUGUCGGUAUUAGCAAGGGCAACCACAGGCACGACAAGAUUGAGCAGCGCUGGAUCUUGCACAGCUUGGCCGACUACGGGAAUACAUUCCACCUGCAGUCCGCCAAGGAUAAAAAAUACAUUCAGUCAGGCAGCAGACUGACGGCUGACAAGAACAAGGCGCAGACGUUUACUAUCGACUACCACGCCGACACAGCUGCGUACAGUCUUUCGGGGGCGGGUGAGAAGCGCGCAGUAACGGUUACCCGGAGCAGAAAUGCGAAGCGCGAAGUGAAUUGGAGCGGAGGCGGCACCAAGUUUACUGCGUAUGCCGUGUCAUACAAGUCUUGA